AUGGCAACUUCUGAAUCUGGUCAAGGAGCAACCAAAAUCAUUAAAAUGCACAACGAAAAAGUUAUUAUUCAUAAUCCUAAUCCUUCUGGAAAUGAUACCAAGGAUAGCAUAUACCAUGAUGCUGUUGAGCCGCUAAUUAAAAAAGCACUAUCUGGAAAGAACUUAACAAUUGUUACUUACGGACAGGCUGGUACUGGUAAAACCCAUACUUUGUCAGGAAAUGAAGACCAAGUUGGAAUUGUACCUCUGAUGCAUAGUUGUUAUCGAUGUUUUGCACCAGAUUUAUGUUUCAAAUACAUAGAUGGUCUUUCUGAAAUUGUUGUACGCUCAAGCGAAGAUUGUACGAAAUUAUAUGAGCAAGGUAGUCGCGUUAAAAAGCUGUUGAAAGACCAGAAAGGUGGUGGUGCAGCAAGAAAAACUGACGAUGUAUAUACCAUAACCAUUGAACAGCAACAAGAAAAUGCUGGUGAUCUCGGGUUACGUAGCAAAAUUGUGAUUGCCAGCAUAACAGCUCCACCACGGAAGAAGGAUAGUCAAGGAUCAGGAUAUGAACUGACAAAUAAAGGGGUCAACACUCUUCAUAAAGUCGUACAAGACCUCGUAAAUUCUAAGAAACGAACAGUUAUACCAUAUAGAGAGAGUAAAAUCACUCGAAUACUACAGGAUGCUUUUGGCGGUAACAGCUGUACAGUAUUCAUAGGAACAGUUUCUUCAUCAGGUGAAAAAUAUCAGGAAACGCUAAAUACGUUGGACUUUACUCAGUCUAUUCGAAGCAUUAAGAACACUAUUAAGCAAACAGAGGAUGACAAUAUGCGAGUUAUUAGAGAGCUUAGGGAUGAGAUAAACAGACUUAGAGAGAAAUUAGCCACUGCUUCAACUAGUCCAGAAGCAGCGGUGCAAAAUAAGGAAGACAUCCAGAGGCUAGAGGAUAUGAUUAAAGACCUUAAUGUUGCAAAGAGACAAACCUGGUACGAGAAGGAACGCUACUCUGAUAUUUACGAAGAAGAACGACGUCGCAAUCUUGCUGAAAAGGGUAUGAUAGAAUGGGUUUUUGAUAUCCACAAGAAAGAUACCCGAGAAGUAAAAGAAAAAUUGGUUACCUUGCAGCAAGAAAAGGACUCACUCUCUCUGGAAUACAAAGAAAAGAGGCGUGUUGUCGAUGAAAUGAAAGACGACUUGCAAAAUCGAAUAUCUGAAUAUUCAAAGCUUGGAGAAUCAAAUAAACGAUCAGAAGAAGAAACCAAACAAUAUGUUAAUGCAAUUAAUGAAGUUAAAGAGAAAUUGAAGCACGAAAAUGAAAUCCUGAAAGAUGUCAAGAAAAGGUUAAGAGAAAAUCAAGAGAAAAUGAAAAAAGGAAAAAUGGAUGCUAAAAUGCAAUACAGUGCUUCCCGCGGCAAUUUAGAAAUACAGCAAGUCAUAGAGGCAGAGGAAAGAAAAAAGCGAGAAAAGGAAGAUGAUGCAAUAAUUGAAGAAGAAUUAGAAAGAAUGAAAGUUGAAAUUCAGCAGGAAAAAGCUGAAGUACAGUUAAAAAUGGCAGAAGGAAUCGAGUACUCGCAACAACAAAUACUAAAGCUAGAGAAUGAUCUAAUAGAAAUGAAGGCUGAACGAUCAAUACUCACAUUAAAGAUCAGUAAAUUGCAACAGGAAAAGGCAAGAUUGGAGGACGAUAUCAACAAUGUUUAUAAACGCCAUAAGGAAGCAUUCGAAAUUCAAAAACUUCAGCAAUUUCAAACCUUCCGAAACUACAGGGACGUUUUUGAACAGCAAAAAGCCACCAUGGACCAAUCCUAUAGAUCACUUCUUGAAGAAUCAAUACAAGAUGCUAUUUAUUUGUCAUCCAGAAACUCUGAAUUAGCGCAAGAGAAUCAAAAGCUUCAGCAAGAAGGUAUCAGAAAUUUAGAUUUUAAAGACAGGAGACCUAAUCGGACUUUGACACUUAGCUAA